GGCGAUGAGUAAAGGUGGUAGCUCAGGUCCAGCUGUCAGGCAGUCCUGGACACAGCAGGAAAAAACAUGACUUAGGCAGCUCUACCCAGAGGUGCACCAGCUGUGAUGCAGCAGUCGAGGGUGGAGACGGAUGCCAGCGGGGCUGGCGAGGGGCCACGGCGGGCAGUCCCCUGGUCAGCCUGGCUCACCCGGCAGGACUGGAUGCGCUGGUGUGCUCGCCAUGUGCCCCAUAGCUGGGCCCAGUGGUGGGCCACAACUGGCUGGAGGCAGCCACUGCAGCGGGUACUAUGGACCCUGGAAGGGAUUCUCUACCUGCUGCUGGCCCUGAUGCUGUGCCACGCGCUCUUCACCACUGGCUCCCACCUGCUGAGCUCUCUGUGGCCUGUAGUGGUCGCAGCAUGGCACCACCUGCUGCCAGCUGUCCUGCUGCUGGUGCUCAGUGCCAUGCCCGCCCUGCUCUUCACUGCCUCCUUCCUGCUGCUCUUCUCCACGCUGCUGAGCCUAGUGGGCCUCCUCACCUCCAUGAAUAACCAGGACUAUGCUCAGGACUUGAACGAAUAGAAGCAACCCCAUCCUGCUGCCUGUGUCUAUUGAGCCCUGGACCAGGGCCCAGCCCCGGGAAGAGGGAGGGCAGUGGGACCUCAUCUCAAGACGAGGCCUGUGUGUGUCGGCUGGAGCCAGCAGGUACACUUCUGGCCUAGUCUUGGGAAUUUUUAAACUGAUGCUGCAGGUACCUGCAGUGAGGGACCAGUGGCUUUGAAGGGAUAGGACAGAUGUCUUAGCCAGGGGCAGAGUUUUUCCAAGUGCCUGAAAGCACCUCUGUGGAUGUGAGGACACCCACUGGGGCACCUUGGCAGCUGACAGCAUCUUUUUGUGACAGCAGCCUAGCUGUCUCAGCUUCAGAAUCCCCAGCACUUCCUGCCACCAACACUUUCCACUCCCAGGAGGACUGCAGGCUCUGGAAAGUGACAGAAACCUAACCAGGGAGGCACUGGUCAAAAGUUCUGGAAUCCACACCUCAUUCACAUCCCUCCUCCCUAGAUGUCCUACCUCCUGCCUCAGUCCACAACCCCAAGCUGGGAAAUAGAACAAUCAAGCAGUGAGUUUCACUUAGAGGAGGAGGGGUGCCCAGAGCCUUGCUCAUUCACAGUAUGCUGCACAAUUAAGCUACACUCUACUCAGUUCCCAUAUCUUUUAUGGAAAAACAAGCCCCAUUUCAGCAACCUACACAAUGUAUGGCCUUGGCCAAUUCAUUCUUUUAAGCUGUGGCAUCAAGUGGGUUCCUACAUUGUCACAGGGUUACUGGGAAUCAAACGCACUAUC